AUGGAGUCGGUUCCGCUAGCUGCCUUAAACGGCGACUUUCCGUACCGUCGCUCGCAAGCGGUCGAAGGUGGUUAUAGCGAGAACGGAUGGGUUGGCGUUGACGGUAGCGGCAAAGGAGGGAAAGCCUCUCAUGGGAAGCGCCAUGCGAGUCGCUCGUCCGCGCCUUACGCGAGACCUACUUCCGGAAGGCACGCUGCCGCUGGCUACGCUGCAGCAGCAAUUCGAACUGCCACGUCGGCAGCGGGAUCUCCGGGGGAAUCCCAAGGCCGCGCAGACGCGUUGCUAGAAGCGCCGGGGAGGAAUGGUGAAAGGAGGGAUGAGCCGAAGCAAGACGGGGGUAACCGGCGUAACACGCAAGGCGAGGGACAAGGCGUGUUGGACAAGCGACCGUCUGACGGCGCAACCAGCAGCGAGCCCGCGGAGGGAGCGAAUGCUGCUGGUGCUGCUGGUAAUAUCCGGGAUCGACAGGCGGGAGGAGCGAACGGGAAGCAGCAGAGGGAGGAAGGCGCAGUGUUGACGGAGGUUGAGCAGCUUCUGAGACGAGGGACGCCGUUAUCGCUGCGCGAGUUUCAGCGGCUGAACGAGCUGCUGCGUCAACACGUGGCGAGUGGCGAAGCAGAGAGGACAGAGGGCAAGCAGGAGGAGAAGGAAGAGGGGAACGAGGAUGGGGAAGGGGAAGAGGAAGAGGAAGGGGAGGGGAGGCGGCAGGAAGAGGACGAGGGGCAAGAAGGGAGGGUGGAAGCAUCUGCGGGGAAGAGAAGGAAGACUGGCGGCAGUGGCAGUUGGGUGGCGGCAGAUGGGAUGAGAGGGCGGGAGAAUGCAGCUAACACUGUGCACGUUGCACCUCGGGUUACGCCUCGGGUUACGUCUCGGGUUACACCUCAGGUUACGCCUCGGGUGACACUUGAUGACAUUUCUGGAGGUGCUGAUGGCGAUGGAAUGAACGGAGUGAGCCUUCGAGCGUGGACGCCGUACCAGACCCAGCUGACGCCAGCGACCAAGUCUCGCAAGCGCAGCAACGCACAACUGCAUGAACCCAGCCCACCCAGCGCAAGCCCUUGGGGUGCUGUACCCCUUGUAAGCCCCUCUGCUGUUCCUCAUUGGCGCAGGGGCAGCAUCGUUCCAAGCGCAGGAGGGCUGCGUAACGGUGGGACUGGUAACCAGACUCGCCAGAGGAGAGUGUCGUUUUCGCCAGCAGUGCUGGCAGCAGCAGCGGAGGGGGAGGAGGAUGAGGAAGAGGGAGGGUGGAGCAGGAGGAUGGGAAGAGGGAGGGCUUUAAGGAGGCUUAGAGAAGGGGAUAGAGACGACUGGUUGCCUCUGCAACAGCAGCAGCUGUUGCAGCAGUUAAAGAGGGACCAAAUCUUAGCAAGCGUUCCUUCCCGGUCAGCUCAAUCUGCCCGGAAAAUCCUGGACACGUUGGAUCGGAUGGCUGGGGCUUUGCCUGCUGCGGAGGGUUUUGGUCGGUCAGGGGAAAGGAGGAGAGUGAGUGGGGGUAGUGAGUUGCAGAGAUUGAAGGGGAAAGAGAAGGUUGUUGAGGGGGAGAGCGGUGGGGAGGGAGGGGAGAAUGGGGCAAGAAGCAGAGAAAACGAGCAGCAGUUGCAGCAGCAGCAGCAGCAACAGCAACAACAGGGACAGCAGAGACAAAAGCAACAGGAGCAGCAGGAGCAGAGAGGCGAUGGGCUGGGGAGGGAGAAGGAGGGGGCGAGGGGAGAGGAGGGGGGGGAGGCGAGGCGUUUAGGGGGAGGUGCGUUGGUGGAUGGUGGGAAGGAGGAUGGUGGGCAGGGGACGAGGAGAGGCCGCCAUGGGUUCAGAAUGUCUGUUUUCGAGGAGGACGAGGAGGACAGGCCAAGCCAGGACGCAGCAGCAGCGGGAGGAGGAGGAGCAGCAGCAGGAGCAACAGGUGCAACAGCAGCAACAGGAGCAGGAGGCAGCAAGGCGGCCGAUAGAGAGGCAGCUAAAACAGGAACGGACGCUGCUUCUGCCGCUCCUGUGACCGGCGGGCAGCAGCGCGAGGGGGAGAAGGGCGAGGAGCAGAGCAAGGGGGAUAGAGGCAAGGAAAAGAGCACGGGUGCUACCACUGGAAGUUUCUUUGGCUCAGCAGCGCAUGCAGCAACUCUCGCGCCGCAACCCACGCCUGCAAAGCCAGCAUCACUAGACACCCCUUCUCACUCUUUUCCGUUGUACCUCUUUCCACUCCCCCUGCUCCCCCAUGCCCGCCCUGCCCCUCCCUUGCCCCAUUCCAGUUUCUUUGGCUCAGCAGCGCAUGCAGCAACUCUCGCGCCACAACCCUCCCCUGCAAAGCCAGCAUCUCCAGACACCUCCCAAGGCAAACCCACAGCACCACCCGCAGCAGCAGCAGCUGUGGCAGCACCAGCAGCAACAGCAGCAGCAGCAGCAGCAGCAGCAGCAGCAGGAGCGUCGUCCUUUGGUGCGUCUGGGUUCAAGGCCCCUUCCUUUGGCUCCUCUGCUGCUGCCACAACCUCUCUCUUUGGGUCUUCUACCCCUGCUGCCCCUGUCCCUGCUCCUGCCCCUGCCCCUGCCCCUGCUGCCGCUACCUCUGCCAGUGCUCCUUCCUUUGGCAUUUCCCCCACACCCUCCGUCCCCCCUGCCACUGCUUCUCAAUCCGCAGCAGCACCAGCACCUGCACUCACAGGAGCUUCCCCAACGGCAGGACCAUUGUUCGGCAUCAAACCAGCAGCUGCGGAAGCUUCUCCUGCAGCAGCAGCAGCAGCAGCAGCAGCAGGAGGAGGAGGAGGAGCGGCUUUAGGGGCAGCACCAGCCGCAGCAGGGGCAGCACUGUUUGGCUUUAAGCCAGCAGCCGCCGCUCCAGCUGCUGGAAAGGAUGCAGGUGCGGCUACUGCUUUUGGUGGCGGUGAUGGGGGGGAUAGGGGGAGAAGGGGAGGAGAGGAGGGGGGUGAUAUGGGGAGGAGGGGAGGAGGCGAGGAGGAGGAGGAGGCAGAGCCGAGGAGGAAGCGGAGGGUGUCGUCGUCGCCUGUGGGAGGGGAGUCGGGUGGUUCACCUCCUUCCCUCUUUGGCUUUGGAAAGCCGCCCGCAGGGUCCUCCUCUCCCUCAGAAGCCGCAGCUCCACUCUUCGGUGCUGCUUCUGCUGCUCCUCAAGCCUCUGCCCCUGCCACCACAACCACCACCACUCCUUCUGCACCUGCCUUUGGUUCGGCAUCCACCGCACCGGUCUUCGGCUCGGGAUCAACCGCACCUGCCUUUGGCUCGGGAUCAGCACCGACAUUCGGCCUCAGCCCAUCUUCCCCCCUUGCAGCUGCUUCUACCCCAAGCUCUGCCGCCACAGCCACAGCUACUGCCACAGCUACAGCCACAGCCACUGGUUUUGCCACCGCUUCUACCCCUUCCUUCGGUCUCGCUGCACCGUCCUUCGGUGGGGCCACAACCACCCCAUCAACAGGCAUCACCACAACCGCCCCUUCUUUCGCCACUUCAAGUGCCCCUACUUUCGGCACCACAACUGCCCCAUCCUUUGGCCUUACUGCGACCGCCCCGUCCUCCGGCCUCGCCUCGGCUCCAGCGUUUGGUGGCUCUUCCACUGCUGCAGCUGCCGCAUCAGCAGCACCUGCAGCCACCACCACCACUCCAGCCUUCGGCUCUGCUGCUGCUCCUGCUGCUGCCCCCACCACCACCACUGCCGCUGCUACCACUUUUGGCAGUCAGCCUGCUCCUUCCUUUGGGGCAUUCGGCUCUACUCCUGCCUUUGGCUCUGGUGCUGCUUCUACCACCACUGCUUCCGCCACUGCUGCAGCUCCUGCUUUCGGAUCGUCUGCUGCUGCCCCGGCCUUUGGCACCACUGCUGCAGGUCCUGUGUUUGGCGCUCCAUCAUCCUCCCCUGCCUUUGGUGCUGCAUCCUCCCCUGCCUUUGGUGCUGCAUCCUCUCCUGCCUUUGGUGCUGCUUCCACCCCAGCGUUUGGCACAUUCUCUGGUUCAUCCGCCCCUGCUUUUGGAUCCUCCGCGCCUACUUUCGGAUCAUCUACCCCAGCUUUCGGCUUGUCAACAGCUGCUGCUACAGCUCCGCUCUUUGGCACCCCAUCCACCACGCCAGCACCUGUUUUCGGUGCCCCUGCUGCCGCAAGUACUGGUGCCGCUACUGGCUUUGCCUUUGGCGCUACGGCAUCAUCAACCCCCUCUGCCUCUACCACCCCUGCUGCUGCUGCUUCCUCGUCUCCCGCGCCUGUUUUUGGAUUUUCCGCUGCUUCUUCCGGACCUGCCGCCGCACCUGGGUUCACCAGCCCCUUUGGUGGGAUGCAACAGAAUACAAUGUCCAUGGAACCAGGUGGCAUGGCAACGGCUGUUUCCACUCCUGUCGUUUUCGGAGCCUCGCCGUCCCCGGCAGGAGCUAAUCCUUUUGCGUUUGGGCAGCCCGCAGCUGGAGGUGCCGCCCCGGGCGCUGCCCCGUUUUCGUUCGGUGGUGCUGCUGCUUCCCCGUCGCCAGCGGGGAGUGGUGGGAGUGGUGGGUUUGCUGCUCCGUCUAUGGUGUUUGGUGCUGGUGCUGGUGGUGGUGGCGUUGGAGUCAUCAAGCCCCUUCCGUUGCAUCCAGACGAGUCGCACGUCUUUUCGGGGCGCUUCCUUCCCCAGGUCCUCCCCUCCCGCCCAGGGCUGUCGAUUGGUUUGGAGCCAGAACUUGAGAGGCUGAGGGACUCUUCCCCGUCGCGCGUUUCCUUCAUUCGCAGCGCGCAAGGCAGCAUAUCCUGCCCGUCCACAAUUCCCAAGAAGCGGCAGGUGCGGCGUCUCUGCGGCGGCUGGAUUUCUGCGCUCCGCUCCAUGGAUGCUGCCGGGGAUGAUGACGUGACGUCACCAUGUGUACUGUAUGGUGAUGAGCCCGUCCGGUCCGGGUCCGGGGGCUUUGCUGCUGCGCCUUUCUCUUCGCCUCUCUCCUCGUUCGCGCCGUUCACUGUCCGUCCGUCAGUCCGGCCGGCGAUCGUCACCAAUGACGACAACGAUUUCAAAGUUGCUAACGUCGCCACGUGGCUUGACGUUUUCUGCACAGUUCCGGAAUCCAGACGCGCCGCCACGAUCAAUAUCAUCGCCGUGACGUUCUCGUCCGACUCGACUCGUCGUCGCCUCUUUGCGAGUCCGCGAGGAGUCUGGCAGAAACACCCUGAGGACCUGGAGGGACUGGAAGGGUUGGAAGCCGGAAUAUCAACAUUGGAAAUUCCCUCCAUUUUCGAGGGGAAUGUUAGUGUUGACACUCAAAGCCUGCUUGGACAGAAGGGAGUUACUAAGGGGGGAAAGGAGGAGGAAGAGGGGUUAACAUCGUGUGAAGAUGCGUUUUUGUUGGACAGUGCAUUGGGCGGCGGUGGGAGCGGCAGUGGGAGGAGCAGUGGCGGCAAGGCGUGGAGCGGUGGGAGCGAGGGGAGGAGCAGCAGGAGACGUGUCACGGCAGCAAGUGACAACCUCGAGAGUCUGGACUACGAGGUGCUCGAUUCAGAGUGGCAUCACGGCCAGUGGCAGGCAAUGACGCAAGCCGACAGAAUAUUUCACACUGCCCUGCGCUGGCUGCUCGUGCUGCUCAUCGGCAUUUGCACCGGCCUCCUCGCUUUUUUCGUCAACAUUUCAGUGGAAGCCAUUGGCGGUGCCAAGUUCGGUCUCGUCUUCUCGCAUAUCAAAGGCCAGAACUUCCUAGGAGGCUUCCUGGUGCUAGCAGCAACCAACCUGGGCCUUGUACUCGUUUCAACGUGCCUCUGUAACGGGAUAGCGAUGGAGGCAGUGGGAUCCGGUAUUCCCGAGGUGAAGGGGUACCUGAAUGGCGUCAGCACGCCUGCUGUCCUCUCCGCCAAGACUCUUAUUGUCAAGGAGCAUCUGAACGGCGUCAGCACGCCUGCUGUCCUCUCCGCCAAGACGCUCCUCGUUAAGUCGACUCAAAAGUCAAUUCGGUGCCUCUCAUCACCUUUCGAGUCGACUCAAAAGUCAAUUCGGUGCCUCUCAUCACCUUUCGAGUCGACUCAAAAGUCAAUUCGGUGCCUCUCAUCACCUUUCGAGUCGACUCAAAAGUCAAUUCGGUGCCUCUCAUCACCUUUCGAGUCGACUCAAAAGUCAAUUCGGUGCCUCUCAUCACCUUUCGAGUCGACUCAAAAGUCAAUUCGGUGCCUCUCAUCACCUUUCGAGUCGACUCAAAAGUCAAUUCGUUGCCUCUCAUCACCUUUCGAGUCGACUCAAAAGUCAAUUCGGUGCCUCUCAUCACCUUUCGAGUCGACUCAAAAGUCAAUUCGGUGCCUCUCAUCACCUUUCGAGUCGACUCAAAAGUCAAUUCGGUGCCUCUCAUCACCUUUCCGUCUUCAAUCAGGCGCUGGGCAGCAUAGCAGCAGUGGCAGGAGGGCUAGCGGGGGGAAAAGAGGGUCCACUGGUGCACUGUGCGGCAUGCAUCGCCAGCAGCCUGGGUCACCUCCUGGUGAGAUGGGGUUGUGCCUGGUGCUGAUUCGGAGAGUGAUUGAGAGUGGUUGGGGGCGGUUGGGAGUGAUUUGGGCUUUAAGGACGCCGGUGUGGGUGCACAGCGACCGGGGGUUGAGAGACCUGGUGACGUGCGGUGCUGCCUCGGAAAUUGCUGCUGCGUUCCUUGCUCCCGUGGGUGGUGCGCUGUUCGCCCUCGAGCAAGUCACCUCCUGGUGGCGGAACUCCCUCAUUUGGCGAAUCUUCUUCACCAACGCAGUCGUAGCCAUGGUGCUCCGAGCCUGCAUCUCCCUGUGCGAGGGCGACAGGUGCGGCGGCAGCUUCGGGUCCCGAGGCUUCAUCCUGUUCGACCGAAGCAAGUCCCGAACCGACUUUGGGCUGCUGGAGGUGGUGCCGGUGGCGCUGCUAGGGAUUGUCGGAGGGCUGCUCGGCGGGUUAUUUAACCACCUCAACGUGAAGCUGUGUGCUUUCAGGAAGAGCAAGCUUCACAGGCACGGGGCAUGGGUGAGGGUGCUAGAGGUCCUCCUCAUCUCCCUCCUCACCUCUGCUCUUCGCUUCUACGGCCCCUUCCUCGCCUCCUGCCUGCCCUGCCCUCAAGACCCGGAUGAAGGAGGGGACUUGCCGCAAGGUUCUUUCAACUGCCCGAGCAUCGUCGGAACGGGGGACCACAAGGCGUUUGCCUGCCCGGACGGGCAGUAUAAUGAUCUGGCGAGCCUGGUGUUUACAACCAACGACGAUGCGAUUGGGAAUUUGUUCCGUACUGGAUCGUUUGGAAUCUUCACCUACCCCUCUCUGCUCCUCUCUUUCACGAUCUACUUUCUUCUCGCCACACUCACAUACGGCACAGCAGUCCCGGCGGGUCUCUUCGUGCCCUCCAUCCUCUGCGGCGCCUCCUACGGCCGAAUGGCCGGCAUGGUCAUGGUAACCCUAUUCGGCCCGCACCGCGUGGGGGAAGGCACCUACGCGCUCCUCGGCGCCGCGUCUUUUUUGGGCGGCUCCAUGCGCAUGACCGUUUCGCUCUCGGUCAUCUUGCUGGAGCUCACGGGCAGCUUGAAACUUUUGCCGCUGGUGAUGGUGGUGCUGCUGGUGUCGAAAUCGUCCGAGAUCCCCCACCACUCCUUCUGA